AUGCCCCACAAAGUCACCAACGACUCCAAUUCUACACUGGCCAGCGGAGGCAGUAGCACCAGCGACCAGAUUAUCGCUACGGAAGUCCGAGUCGCCAAUCCCGUCCGCAAACCACCCGUUGUCGUCCACAACCAAGGCGGCCAGAUCUACGACGAGACUCGGCCGUCGGACUGGGACAAACAACGCUGGAAGUAA